GGGCCCGCCCCCUGCCCUGGUGGUGCUUUAGAGUUCCCAAGUCGUGCAGCGUGCGCGACGGUAGUGACGCGUUUUACCGGGAGUAUGGCGGAUACCGGCUUGCGCCGCGUGGUUCCCAGCGACCUUUAUCCCCUCGUGCUCGGCUUUCUGCGUGAUAACCAACUUUCGGAGGUGGCCAGUAAAUUUGCAAAAGCGACAGGCGCUACGCAGCAGGAUGCCAAUGCCUCGUCCCUCUUGGACAUCUAUAGCUUCUGGCUUAACAGGUCCACCAAAGCCCCAAAGCAGAAAUUACAGUCAAAUGGACCAGUGACCAAAAAGGCUAAGAAGGAGACUUCUUCCAGUGACAGCAGUGAGGACAGCAGUGAGGAAGAGGAAAAGGCCCAAGGACUUCCAGCCAAGAAGGCUGCUGUACCUGCCAAGCGAACCAGUGUGCCUCAGCAUGCUGCGAAGGCAGUAGCCAAAGCUUCAGAGAGCAGCAGUAGUGAAGAAUCCAGCGAUGAUGAGGAGGAGAACAAAAAGAAAAAGCCUGUUCAGCAGAAGGCAGUCAAGCCCCAAGCCAAGGCAAGCAGAGCGCCUCCUAAGAAAGCCAAGAGCUCUGAGUCUGAGUCGGACUCAAGCUCGGAGGAUGAAGCACCCCAGACCCAGAAGCUAAAGACAGCUGCGGCAGCCAAAGCUCAGCCUAAAGCCUCAGCCAAACCAGGUACACCAGCCAAAGCACAAACUAAAGUAGCCAAUGGCAAGGCAGCCAGCAGCAGCAGCAGCAGCAGCAGUAGCAGCAGCAGCGAUGACUCAGAAGAGGAGGAGAAGGCAACAGCACCCCCCAAGAAGAUGCAGACUGUACCUAAAAAGCAAGUCGUGGCCAAGGCACCAGUGAAAGUAGCUGCCACCCCCACCCAGAAGAGUUCUAGCAGUGAAGAGUCUUCCAGUGAAGAGGAAGAACAGAAAAAACCCAGGAAGAAAAAGCCAGGUCCCUACAGCUCCGUCCCACCACCUUCUGUUCCUUUGCCAAAGAAGUCCUUGGGAGCCCAGUCUCCAAAGAAGGCUGCUGUGCAGAAACAGCCUGCAGAAAGCAGUGAGGACAGCAGUGACGAGUCGGAUUCAAGUUCGGAGGAAGAGAAAAAAGUCCCUGCUAAAGUGGUCCUCUCCAAGACACCCGCCAAACCAGCUCCAGCAAAGAAGAAAGCAGAGAACUCUUCAGACAGUUCAGAUUCUGACAGUUCUGAGGAUGAAGCUCCUACCAAGCCAGUCAGUACCACCAAGAAUCCCUUAAGCAAGACAGCUGUCACUCCCAAGACAGCUGCAGCCAAGACAGCUGCAGCUCCUAAGCAACCUGCAGGCAGUGGCCAGAAACCUCAGACCAGAAAGGCUGACAGCAGCUCCAGCGAGGAGGACAGCAGCUCCAGCGAGGAGGAGACAGCAAAGAAAAUUGUGACAAUCCCCAAGUCCAAGAGGACUGCUAAAGCAGCACCUUCUCUGCCUGCCAAAAAGGCUCCUCAGGCUGAGGACAGCAGCUCUGACUCAGACAGUUCCAGCAGUGAUGAAGAGGAGAAGACACCUAAGCCUGCAGCUAAGAAGAAGGCUGCAGGAGGUGGAACCCCGUCCAAAGCAGCCCCUGUGAAGAAAGCAGCAGCCGAGAGCUCCUCCUCCUCCUCCUCCGAAGAUUCCAGUGAGGAGGAGGAAGCGCAGGCCAAGGGCAAAGGCACUGCUAAACCAAAGGCCAGCAAGGCCAAUGGCACUCUAGCUCCUCAGAAUGGGAAAGCAGGGGAGGAAAGCGAGGAGGAAGAGGAGGAAGAAGAGACAAAAAAGGCAGCAGCGUCAGCUUCCAAGCCAGGUUCAGGAAAGAAACGGAAGCAGAGUGAGGCAGCAGAGGAAGCAGGGACUCCUCAAGCUAAGAAAGUUAAGCUCCAGACUCCCAACACCUUUCCAAAAAGGAAGAAAGCAGAGAAAAGGGCAUCUUCCCCUUUCCGAAGGGUCAGGGAGGAGGAGAUUGAGGUAGAUUCCCGAGUAGCAGACAAUUCCUUUGAUGCCAAGCGAGGUGCAGCUGGAGACUGGGGUGAGCGAGCCAAUCAGGUUCUGAAGUUCACCAAAGGCAAGUCCUUCCGCCAUGAAAAAACGAAGAAGAAGCGAGGCAGCUACCGGGGAGGCUCCAUCUCUGUCCAGGUCAAUUCCGUCAAGUUUGACAGCGAGUGAUCUCUGGUCGUCUUAGCAAAGGAAGGGUGAUGGUGGAAGGCUGGCCAGUCACCUCCAACAGAUCCAGAAACUCAGUGUUGUUAGGAGAGGGUCUUGGCAAGGACGGGAUUGAGCAGGUCCUGACUGUCAAGACAGUCUCAAUCCUUUUCUGUUCCUGCUUUUGGACGGGUUUGUUUUGAGUGUUGUCUUUGCCUUCCGUUCUGUGGGUCUUCCUACAGAGAAGUUUGUAUAUUUUAUAUUAAAUCAUUUGGUAUA